UCGCGAACAUGUUCGGACAUGCACAAAACAUGAAUAAAACGGAACAGACACAACAGAAAAAUAGUGUCGCAUAUUUUUGUCCGUGAUAUCCACAAAAAUUCAUUUGCACGUCCCCGCGAUGUUUGUGUUUUGCGGCGACUCUAAGAAUUGAUUUUACAAUUUACACUAAUUAAAACAGUUUAAACUAAAGGAGAUGAAAGAAAAAUUCGUAAGUCGCGCGAGGCGAGUAGAAUAACGGGGAAAAUCGUGUGCAAUUAACGGGGUCACUCACCCACGCCGAGAAACAGCAACAAAAAGCGCAAUGUGUUAUCAAAGUUACAAAUGAAAAUUAAAUUAUAGUUUACUGCUCGAAAAGUGAAAAAAAGCCCUGGAAAAGUGCAGAAAGAGACAGGGGAAGUGAUGCAAUUGCCACCAAUACACACAUAUACGUGCACCAAAACAACAUUGAAAUCAAAGAGAAACAACAAAAUAAAUGCUGCACAAAUCAGCAGAAAGACAGGUGAAAAACAAGACAAAUAUGAGCGAAUAUCGAGCAAGCAGCAAAAGAAAAUCGCAUCAAAAAAUGUUUCAGCUUAAUGCCAAAAUAAUGAAAUAGCGGAAUCUCGACGAAAUUUUGUGUUUACAAAUAUCUACAUUUUGCGAAAGAAUCUCAAUGAACAAUCCGAUCGAAUGAAAACUUGAGAACAAAAUUUGAAAAGUGUGCAGCAGCUGCCUCAACGAAAGAGCAGAGAAGAAAGGACGGACGGAAGGAAGGAAGGAAGGAAGGACGGAAGGCAAGUUGAAGCUGUGUUUCCUUGUUCCUUCUUUUUUGCAGGCUAUGCCUCAGAGUCGAACGAUUGUUUGAUUGAUUGAACGAAUGAAUUAUUGUGACGACCUGAGCGCUGGAUAAAUGCUACAGCAGAAUGUCGGCGAAACGUUCAUCCGGAUCCGGUGCCCAGCAUAUCGAACAGUACACGAACCCCUCCUUCGAGCAGGAGUCCUCCGACCCCCCACAGGCCACAGGAGCCGUUGUCGCCGCCGCGACUGUCACGGGAACAGGCACCGGCACCGGCAACGGCAACGCGACUGCCACAGCCAGUGCCCCUGCCGGUGGCAGCCACAUCCACAUUCAGAGCUCCAACAGCAAUGCCAGCGAUGCCAGCACGACACAUCGCAAAGGUCACAGGCGGCAGGAAUCGAUGUACCAGAUGACUGGACUCUACUCCGAGACGAACAGCGGCGACGACAGCAGCAUAGAUGCCGCUCUGGGGGAUCCCCAGGAUCCCCAGUCCCGAUCGUCGUUGCCCCCCACAAGUGCACCGGCUGCUGCUGCUGCUGCUGCAUCGGUGGACAGCGUGAUGGUCAAGUGCCACAGUCGGCAGGCGUCGGCGGGCAAGUGUCCGGCCGAUGAGGAGGAGGACUACGACGAGGAGCAGUUCCGGUCGGGAGACUGCGGGAUCCUCAACUGCCGGCCGAAUAGCAUCCAGAGGUUCGCCCGCAUCAAGAUCUUCGUGCUGCUGCUCUCGCUCCUGGUGAUGAUGCAGCAGGCGCUGAGCUCCGGGUACAUCAACUCUGUGAUCACGACCAUCGAGAAGCGCUUCGAGAUCCCCUCCAGCUACUCGGGCCUGAUCGCCUCCAGCUACGAGAUCGGCAACGUGAUAACCGUGAUCUUCGUCAGCUACCUGGGCAGCAGGCGGCACAUCCCCGUGUGGAUCGGCAUCGGGGCCGUCAUCAUGGGCAUCGGUUCGCUGGUGUUCAUGGUGCCGCACUUCACCGGAGAGCCCAAUCCGGGCAUUGCCAUCCUGAACAAGACCAGCGACAACAUCUGCCGCAGCGCCUUGGUGCGGGACCAGGACAUGGAUCUGGGGCGCCUCUCCAGCGGCCUCUCCAACCAGCCGCUCGCCCCCCACACGCUGCGCGAGGACAACUGUCUCGAGGGCAAGGCCUCCACCACCGGCCCCGUGCUGCUCUUCGUCCUGGCCCAACUGCUGCUCGGCUGCGGCGGCAGUCCGCUCUUCACCCUGGGCACCACCUACGUGGACGACCACGUGCGCACCGAGAGCUCCUCGAUGUACAUCGGUUGCAUGUACAGCAUGGGCGCCUUCGGGCCCGUGGUGGGCUUCCUCCUGGGCGCCUAUCUGCUCUCCUUCCACAUGGACUCGCUCUCCUCCGCCACCAUAUCGAUCACUCCUGGCGACCGACGAUGGGUGGGUCUCUGGUGGGGUGGCUUUCUGCUUUGCGGCGUCAUCCUGCUGGUGGUGGCCGUGCCGUUCUUCUCCUUCCCCAAGGUGCUCGCUCGCGAAAAGAAGAAGAUCCGCAAAAGCAGCGUCGUCCAGCCCGUGCUGCCCAACAACUCCGUGGUGGCCGGUGGCGGUGGCAGUGUCGGUGGCGUUGGCGCUGCGGUGGUGGCCACCGACGAGCUCGGGAAGGUGGUGAAGAAGGUGGAGAUCGUGGCGGUGACCAGCAAGGAGGAGCAGCAGCAGCUGCCUCCGAAGGUGGACACUGGCUACGGCAAGGACAUCAAGGACAUACCCAAGUCUAUGCUGCGGCUGGUGAAGAACCCCGUGUACAUUGUGACCUGCCUGGGGGCCUGCAUGGAGCUGAUGAUCGUCUCGGGCUUCGUGGUCUUCCUGCCCAAGUAUCUGGAGACGCAGUUCAGCCUCGGCAAGAGCCAGGCCAACAUCUUCACGGGAUCCAUUGCGGUGCCCGGGGCCUGCAUUGGGAUCUUCCUCGGCGGCUGCAUCCUGAAGCGCUUCCAGCUGAAGCCCAAGGGCGCCGUCCAGUUCGUGUUGAUCACGAACGUGAUCUGCCUCGCCUGCUACGCGAUGCUAUUCUUCCUGGGCUGCGACAACCUCAAGAUGGCCGGCACCACGAUCCCCUACUACACCAGCAACAAGGGGGGCUCCACGCUGGAGCAACCCUUCCAGGUGAACCUCACGGCCGCCUGCAACUUCGGCUGCGAGUGCCUCACCAGCGAGGUGGAGCCCGUAUGCGGCAACAACGGGCUGACCUACUUCAGUCCCUGCCACGCCGGCUGCACGGCCUUCUCCUCCAGCUCCAACUACACCAACUGUGCAUGUGUUCACGCCAACAUCUCGAGCAGCAUUUAUCGCGGGGCUGGCGGUAGCCAGGCCCAGGCUCUCAGCGCCAGAGAGGACUUUGCCGAGGUCACUGUGGUGCCGGUGGCCACGGCAGGACCCUGUGCCACGCCCUGCCGCACCAUCUACCCGUUCCUCAUCCUGCUCUUCUUCAUGACCUUCCUGGUGGCCUCCACGCAGAUGCCGCUGCUCAUGAUCGUCCUGCGUUCGGUGUCCGAGGAAGAGCGCUCCUUUGCCCUGGGCAUGCAGUUUGUGAUCUUUCGACUCUUUGGCUACAUCCCUGCCCCGAUCCUCUUCGGCAACCUCAUCGACUCGACCUGCCUGCUCUGGAAGUCCUCCUGCGGCGAGAAGGGCGGUCGCUGUCUCAUCUACGACAUUGAGAAGUUUCGUUACAAAUAUGUGGGUCUCUGUGCCUCCGUGAAGCUGGUUGCCCUGUUCAUCUUCAUCGUGGACUGGUGGCUGGUGCGACGACGCAGGCAGCUGGAGAAGACCAAGCCGCUGAAUGCCAGCGAUCCGAUCAUCGGCUCCAUCAUCAGCCUGGACAAAUUGUUCGAGGAGAAGCUGUCGGGAGCAGAGCCUGCCGCUGGCUUCGUUGGCGGCGCUGGAGAGCUGAUCAUACCCACAGAUAUAUUGCGGCAUUCGCGCAAUGACUCGCGCACAAUGCAGAUGGAUUACUGCUACGACAAGUGCGGACAUGUGGUGCCGCCCACAAACACGUGCAACCAGCCGCAGACCAAGUCAAAGAAGCAUUUCCGCAGCGCCUCGUGCGACGUAAAGAUGAUCAAGAGCUUUGCCAGGGAUCACAACUCCUCGAGCGGGCCGGCCGAUGCCGCGGGACAGGAGGCCGGCGCUGGCAGCAGCAGCAAGUACAAGAAUCUCAAAAAGUUCCAGGCGCACACCCGGAACCACUCCACGGAUCUGCACGACAAUAGUCAGCCCAUACGGUACAUCCAGAACCAGCUGCGGCCCCAGGACUGUGCCGAGGAGGAGGACGACGAUGAGCUGACCACCGGCUGUGGCCACUUCGUGAAGAAGCAUUCGCGCAACCACAGCUACGAUCAGAUCUACAUGCCCAACAACAUACGCUUUGAUGCGGACUUCCUGCGGCAUUCCCAUCCGCACCACAAUCCCAAGAAGAACGUGAAUGUGCUCAAGAAUGUGGUGGCGGAGACGUGUGGCAAGCUAAAGAACUCCAACGAGAUGGAGGCCGGAGGAGGAGGCUCUGGCUCGCGUGGUCAUUCGCGCAACAACUCCAAGGACUUGAAUACCAAAAGUGCCAGUGGAGCAGCUCCAUCGAGCAGCGGACAGCCUGCAGCUGAGCAGCCAACAGCCUCGACGGGACUGAGUGUCCUGCGACAUCGUCGCACCAACUCCAAGGAUCUGAACUACACAAUGCUGGCAGAGGUGACACCGCCUUCAGCUGCUGCACCCGCUGCGAAUGUGAAUCGAGGAGGAGGAGCAGCAAGCCAUCAGCAACAGCAGCACCACUCGCGGAAUACGUCGCACCACAAGAUCCAGAUCGACGACGAUCGGAACGAGCUCAUCAACGACAACUAUGAGGAGGAGGACCGCUCAUCAUCUCUGCGUCUGUAGUUCCUGUGCUUAGUAAAAUAGUGUAUGUCCCUGUCAGUUAGCUGUAAGCUAGGAUAUCGGCACCCUUUUGUGGCACCAUUCCAGGCACUUCCUUCGCCUCUUUGUGCGUGCGCGUCUGAGUGAAUCCCCAUCGCAAUCCCAUGCAAUGAAAGCCCCCACUCCCCCCAACAGCAACUGCUCAUUGUACUUACAACAGAGUGUUCAAAUCUACUAUCCUCGUAGACAAUGUGCAAAGUGUUCAAAUCAAAGUGCAAUCCGCAUUCGAUUCACGAACGUUGGUAUUCUCGACACAAUUGCAGAUAAUAUUUAUGGAUCUAUGGAUCUAGGCACUAGAAUAGGCGUCAUAUAUAGUAUACCGAUAUACCGAUAUAGAUACAAAUACAGAUAAGCAAAGUAGCAGCAUAUUGUAGGAUGUAGAUCGUUGUGAUAGGAAUAUUUUGUAUUGUAUUUUGUAGUGGAAGAGUGUAGAAGAGUGUGACGAACCCUUCACUGCUCUCGAUCGUAGUGCAAUCUCGGUUUCGUAGUGAGACAGACGCUUUGACUGAGACUGAGGCCCUGAAAGAAAAAGUGGAAGGACAAAAUACAUACAUAAAUACAUACAUAGAAUGCAAGAAUAGAAGGGAAGGUGGAAAUGAAUAGAAAAUUCAAUGUUUUAAUAAUCUACGAACGUGUAAACAAUUGUCAAUGGAAAUUGUGCUGUGAAACAAUGUGUGAGUACUCGUGUAUAGGAAACAACAAACAAAACAAUUAAUGAAACGAAUGUGUCUACAAACAAGAGAAGAAAAAGAGAAGAGGUCGGGGGAAACACGCUGAAUGUAAUUCUUAUGCAAUACCACAUUUAUUUAGAGAAUCUUUGUGGACGGACAAUGGAAGUGUUGGUUCGAACGAGGAGGAUAGGAUUGAGGAUCGAGGAGCUGGAUCGAUUAGCUAGAGAUUAGAUUAGGUCUAAGUAAAAACUGAGAGUGUAAAUUCCUUAAUUCCCUGUUUUAACCGUAGCGCUGAGAUGAGCAGGAGAAGAGCAAAGUUAGCCUAGAUUUUAAACAGAAUGACGUACUUUAAAAAUGCGAUAAUGCCUUACAAUAUAUCAAUUAAAUCCAUAUGGAUAAUAACACACCAUAAGAAUAAGAGAAGAUCCUAAAACUGCAAUGGAGUAUCGAGUUCACUUCCCCCAAAUAGUCCCUAAGUGAUGCAAUCUAUAGGUUAGCUAGUACUAGCCACUAAGUCUAUGUAUACACCAGCCAGCCAGCCUGCCAUCCGCAUGGGCAGCAUUAUAUAGAUAUAUCCCUAUAUAUACAGAAGAUAUACAUACAAUUAUACAUUGAUAAGUACCUACAAAAUA